CCACACACACACGCACACACACACACACACACUGGCAGAUACAUUCAAGUAGUUUUUUGCUCCACUUGCCUCCUUUAAUGACUUCAGCAUGGGCCUGCCAAUAUUUUUUAUUUUAGGAAUGGCUCUAAAACUAUCUCUCAGCAUGAAAAUGCAAGAUGUGGAGGCCAGAGACUUGGUUCUCAACCAAACGGUGACAGGGAUAUUGGGAGAGGAGGUCUACCUGCAUUGUUUGUACACCGGACAAAGUCAAAUCAUGUUCUCCUCCUGGAACCGUCUGGAUUCAACCAUGAAAGCAAAGAAAAUGGCAGGCUACAACUUUAUGAACGGUUAUAAACGAGAAAACUUCGAUAUUCCGACAUCAGCUACUAACCUCACUGUGAGGAUGAACGUGACAAGUCUCGAUCAAGAAGGAGAAUACACCUGUGUUUUUAACUCUGAAGAGGAUGAAACCAAGGGCACUAUGACUCUCAGUGUUAUUGCUCGGCCUGAAAUUGACAUAACUGUGAAGGAGGAAGUUGUGAACAGGUCCAUCUACCAUGCUGUCACUUGUUCAGCCUCCGGUGCCAAACCUGAGGCUGUGAUUAGAUGGGAGAUCGCUGGUGUCCUUCCAAGAGAUGACAUCUUCUCCACGAACACCACUAAUGCAAUUCAUCCCAAUGGCACGAACAGUUCAGUCAGCGUACUUCACUUCCCCCUGAUUAUGAAUAAUGAGAGCACCGUUACCUGUGUGGUGGAGCAUCCAGCGUUUACUGAGCCUAAAAGAGUCAGCAUUGAGGUUGACACAUUUGAUUCUCCAGUUGUGAGCAUGGAGACCGUCCUGAUCCAAGAAGGAGGAGAAGACUUUCAGGAGGUCAUCUGUAGAGCGACAGGCGGCAGACCACAUCCCAAUAUCACAUGGAAACUUCCUGAAUUUAGAAACUCACCGCUUUUACAGAGAGACAUCUCAGAAUCAGACUCGGUUGUCAGUUCAUAUCGGUUCCCAUCAGAUCCUUAUGAAGGAGAAAAUAUGUCUUGCAUUUUUGGCUACAUGUUUUUCCCUUUCACAAGCACUAGGACAAUCACCUUACCUAUUUACUACCUGUACUCGAUUCAACUGAAGGACGUCGAUCAUGCUGUUAGUGGUGAGAAUCAGACUGUAUUGGCAUUUCAGGAGGGGGACUUCGACAUUACAGUUGCAAUGGAUGUUUUAGGCAACGUACCAAGUUAUAAAAUUAACUGUUCAAGGGAAGGCCAACCACUGCCUGAGGAUGUGGAAGUGGUUGGCAACAAUAUCUUUAUCCGAAGACCUGUAGAUGUGCAUCUUGCUGGACGAUAUUUGUGUCAGGCUUCAUACCGAAAACAUCUAGUUUCCCUGGGGUUCACAAUUGAAGUAAAUCCAAAAGUCAUGUUGCCAGUGACAUUUCCUCCAAAUAUCAGUGUGGAUUUGGUAGAAAAAUCUGAUCACAUUCACAUUGAGUGUUUGGCUUCCAAUGCAAUUCCUGCAGCAAAUGUGUCCUGGGUUCUUCCACAAGAGAUGAACAGUACUGUUCAGUCUGACGUCACAUCCUAUAAUGGAUCCUUUUCUGUCAGAAGUGUGUUGAGUGUGCCUACAUGCUUGACCCAUGAAUAUGUAAUUGAGUGUGUAGUCGACCAUACUGUCUUCAUGGAACAAGAGAGCCGGCAGAUUGCUCUUCCUGUGUGUGCUCCACCCAAUAUAACCCUGCAGUCCAGUACUGAAUGGGACAGUGGUGUUGCGUACGUUCAGGUGGUGUGUUCAGUGCAGAGCCAGACUCCAGUAGUGGCCAUUAGCUGGGCUGCACAGUGCCUUGGCAUUGACAUCGGCUCCAGUGACUUCGAAAUGAGUCAAACCCAGUUUCAGACGAGUCAUAUGGUUGCCGCUCAGAGCGUGGCACGUAUUCCUAUUUACUCUCAUGGCGGAUGCAGUGUGACAUGUGCGGUCGAGCUUCAGGGGUUAGAAAAACCAGAGAACAAAAGCAUUGUCCUCCCAGCCUUAGGGCCGCCUGCAAUCCAUGCAUUUGUGGCUGAAGAGAGAUACACUCAUAUCUGGCAUGCAGUGUGUGGGUACAGCAGUUAUGGAGUCAUACCCAACAUCUCCUGGAUCCUUCCUGAAGACGACUCUGCAGUUCAAGCAAUCACUGAGUACAAGUACGAUGGAAUUAAAGUAGAAGUCAAUUCAACUUAUGAAUUUCAGCUCAGCCAGUUCGAGGGGAAGGAUUUGAUCUGUGUGGUUCAGAAUGAGCACGGCCGGGAUGAGAGACGGACGAUACAAGUUCCAAAAUUCUAUAUCUCAUCUGUUGAGGUUUUAAACAAAACCACAGUUGAUCGCAGAAGUCACGGCCAGCGUGAGCAUCGAGUAGAGCUGCAAGAAAACCUCUCCAAUCAGAAGAUACUUCUUAAAGCCCAUGGCAAUGCAACAUCAUACUGGACAAUAUGUUACAGAGAGGACGGCUCAGCAGCACACACAGUCGGCAUGGCAUUGGUUUUUACAGCCCCAGCAUCCGAACUGGACUCAGGACUGUACAUAUGCCAUGUCUCAUACCACCACCACAUGGCCAAAGUCUUUCUUCGUGUGGACGUAACAAGUGAAGAGACUCAACACCUAAUAUUCAUCACUAUCUGCUUCACGACGGCUGCUGCCAUCUCCCUCAUCUUGAUCAUCCUAUUGUUUGUCAUCUGCAAAUGUGGGAACAGUCACUCAUCACAACAGAAAACCAGGAUGGAUCGUGAGUCUCUGUCCGCUCUGAUGCAGGACCCUCGCUGCUCAGAGAGGGCGCUUCUUCAAGGCCAGGCGGGCCAAUAUGCUGAGCUUACCCACUAUUCCAUUGUUUUUGAUGCCAAAAGCACCGUGUGAUGCACCUGUUUGGCUUUCCAGUUUAACAUUUCAGUUUUUGCACAAGUGUUUUGGAGUUCAUGCCAGCUUGAAGGCACACGUUGUAAAAGAAAACAUAAUCAAUUUCAGUUAAAUUGAUCAUGUGAAUGAAGCAUUUAUUAGUAAUAGAGUUGGAGUUAUUAGCAAUGGAGAUAUUAGUGGUCACAUGCUGCCUUUAAUAUACAGUGUGAAGAGAGCCUGAUUGUUAUACAGCAGUUCAACAAACUGAAGAUUGAGAGAGUUACAUUUUAGACACAAUAUUGUUUUUUGUUUUGUAGAUGAAAAUAGAUUCUGAGCUAAACAUUUGUGCAUUUCAUUGAUAUACUGCUGUUUCACUUCUGAAUUAAUGUUUUACGAUGAAUUAUAUUAGUCAGUCAUUCAAUGAUAGAUUCAUAGAAAGUCACUUGCUUCAUUUCUAAAAGAAUCAGAUGCUUUGAAUGAAUCAUUUAAAUGAAUGAUUCAACAAAUAAUUCUUCGAAGAGCUGGUUCACCCAAAAAUGAAAAUUCUGUUAUUAAUUACUCACCCUCAUGCUUUUCAUAUCCCUAAGACUUUUGUUAAUUUUCAAAACACAAAUUAAGCCAUUUUAGAUGAAAUCCUAGAGCUCUCUAACCUCCAACAUUCAACGUGCAGAAAAGGAUACAACGUUCGAUGUAACCAUAUGAAGCUCCAAGAACAUUUUUGUAUGCAAAAUAAAAUGACUUUAUUCGCCAAUGUCUUCUCAACUACUGGAUUAAUAAAGGUAAAAUGAUGUACAGUAUUUGCUUCUAAAGUCAAAUAGUCAUAUUGCCCAUAAUAAAUGCGCAUCUUGAUCUGAUGUGGAAGAGAAGACAUUGCAAAGUAAUUUUUACAGUUUUUAGGUACACAAAAUUCACAGGACCAUUGCUGUAUAUGGAGGGGAGGAUCAGAGAGCUCUUGGAUUUCAUCUAAAAUAUGUUCAUUUGUGUUCUGAAGAUGAACAAAGGUCUCAGGAAAUUAAACGAUAUGACGUGAGAAAUUAAUAACAGAUUUUACAUCUUGGGGUGAACUAACCACGAUACGUAACCACUGAAAACAUAUGAUGAAUGAUAUAUUAAAAUGUGUACUAUGGAUGUAAUCAGGACAUACUUGAUUGCCACCGUGUAGUUAUCCUGGUACUUUUGAAUUCAUACAUGCUGAUUUUUACCCAGCAUAUAGUAAGUAAAACUAUAUAUACAGCAGGGAAAAUAAGUAUUGAACACGUCACCAUUUUUCUCAUAAAACAUAUUUCUAAAGGUGCCAUUGACUUUAAAAUUUCCCUGGAUCAACCAAAGAAAUCCAUAUAUGCAAAGAAAACAAAUCAAGUUAUGCGUAAUAAAAUUAAAUGACGCAGGGGAAAAGUUUGAACACAUGAAGAAAGGGAGGUGUACAAAGGCAGUAAAAGCCCAGACAGCAGCUGAAAUCUCUCAGUAGUUCUUCAGCAACCCUCUGCCCUUCGUCAUUGUAAAUGAAUAUUAGCUGGUUCAGUCCAACAUCCACAUUACCAGGAUGAUGGAGAUGAAACCAGGGUGGACAUUUCAGCAAAACAAUGAUCCAAAACACAUCCAAGAAAACUCUUAAAUGCUUUCAGAGAAAGAAAAUCAAGCUGUAGAAUGGCCCAGCCAAUCACCUGACUUGAAUCCAAUAGAAAAUACAAAUUAAAGGUCAGAUUUGAUAGACGAGAACUUUAAAGCUUUUUUAAUGUUAAAAAAAGCUUCAAAGUUAAUACAUGCAUUUCAGUUCAGUACUUUUCAUAGAUUUUUUGUUUUGUUUUAUUUUUAUGUUUGUAUUGUUUGGGUUUUUACAAAAAUCUGGUGCAAUUCCUUGUCAUCAGCUCCUUUAGAAAUAUUAUUCCCAGGAAAAAAACAUGAUGUGUUCAAUACUUAUUUACCCCGCUAUGGUAGUUUUACUUUGAGGCUUAUACAUGAAGGAUUUAGUCCAUCUCGAGCUCAAUAAUUUUUUUGUAAAAAAAAACAAAAAAAACCAUACUUUUCAAUAUUGAGCACCUUUUGUAAAAUGUUUACAUUUGUUCUAUUCUGUUUGUUUUAGUCUGAUACGAUUUCUUUCAAAUUUCCAAAAUAACAAAUGUUUUAAUUUAAGUUGUGAUUGAAAAUCAGUGUUAUUAGUCCAGAUAGUGAUUUAUUAACUGUUCCGACAUUAAAACAUUGGUAUUGUAUUGUUUAAAAUGAAUAUAAACAAACAAGCAUAGCGCAUUUUGAUUAUUUUACACGCAUGCAUGCACGCACGCAUACACACACACACACACACACACACAUCAUCAUCAGUACUUCCUGAUAUCCUUUUGUUCUUAUUCCUUGAUCAUGAAUACUGAUAAUAAGGCAAGAUCUGUGAAUUAAGUAGCUUUCAGCAUUAAGAUUUACUGUGAUUAUCACCAUGUAGCAUUGUUUGAUAAAUACUUUGAGCAUAUCUUUUACGGGUUUAUUAUCUUUUAGGAUCAAGUUGUACUUUAAAAGUCUAGCUCAGGAGUGUCAAACUUAACUCUGUAGGACUGCAGCCCUCCUGGUUAUUAGUUCCAACCCAGCUUCGACACGGUUGCUUGUAGGUUUCAAAAAGCCUAAGGCCUCAAUUAGUAUGAUCAGAUGCGUUUAAUCAGAGCUGGAACUAAACCGUGCAGAGCUGUGGCCCUCCAGGAACUGAGUUUGACACCCCUGGUCUAGCUCAUGUCUUCUGUCAUGUUUCCACCAUUUCAGUUCGACUUGUAGCGCAUUGACUGAAUGUGAAUUGUAAUAGCGCCCUCUGCUGAUCACGUUGUGCCACAGCAUAAACACAAAAUGUAUUGGCCUUUCUAAAUCAACAACUGUGAUUUCUGUCCAGUCUGAUAUUUUAAAAAUAGCCUUCUACUUAUUUUGUUAUUACCUUCUAGGUCUAUCAGAAUGACGACUGGUCUGUAUUUGUAUAAAUAAUGUUUUGUUGUAGGACAUGUUGUCACCUCAAUGUGAAUUUAAUAUCACUGUGUUAAACAUUUAAAAAUAAUAAAAUACUUGC